AUGUCGACAAUCGGCAAGCGCAAGCGUGCGAGGAAGGCAUGCAUUCCUUGCCACCAGCGUAAGCGGAAAUGCGACGCCGAGUAUCCUUGUGGUAUGUGUACCACCUACGAAUACAGCUGCAGGUACGCCGCCGCCAACGACAACACUAGCACUGUGGCUGGUGGCGAACAUCCUCCACCUCUAUCCAAGCGCAUCGGCCACGGCAAUGCAACCGCCGUGAAAUCACGCAGUCCGGACAGUCGGGCUCAGGUAAUAAGCGAUUCCCAUGAAACCGACGGCCCGUCAACGAAGAGUCCUACCGUCAUGGCCGGCAUCUUCGACGACCAAAGGUCCAGAUACACCGGGGCAUCGGCGGCCAUGGCAUUCCCGCAUAUCCUCGGCGUGGCGCUCGGCUCCAACAGCCCUCCCAAGGUCAGUUCAUUUGCCUACAACUUUGGGAUCCGCCCCGAGGAAGCUUCCAACGCUUAUGACUUCCUGGGGAAGCUUCUCUCGGAGGAGGACCUCAGCUUCUAUUCGGCUGUGUACUUCUCAGUGGUGGGCCCUAUUGGCGACUACAUGGACCCGAGAAUCUACGCACAAAGAUGCCGAAAUUAUUACCAAAGCUCCGGCAGCACCUCGAUCAUUUUUGGCGCCGUAGCCGCUGGCGUCGCUGCUAUUGGUUCCUUUCUAUCCCCCAACAGACACCCACGGGAGUCUGACCUGGUGCAGUACGCCAAAACCAUUCUCGAGGAUCCGGCGUCCAUGCGUAUGCUGGGCGUCGACCACAUCAUCGCGUGGGGCAUGCGAUUGUUUUAUCUAAGAGCCACGACCCGUCCCGAUAAUGCCUGGGUUGCAUCGUGCACCCUCAUGCACCUCUGCGAAGCGGUAGGACUGCACGAGGAAGAGAACAUCAAAAGGAUGGCGUCCGUCGCUGGCGCCGCCGUUGUUGGACAUGAUGCAGACCGGCUGAGGCGAAUUUUCUGGAUCUCGUGGGCCGCGCAUAACAUGCUGUCUUAUGAGUGCGACCGCUCUUCCGUACGAUUUGGGGCCGUGACUUGCCAGGAAAUCAUCCCUAUAGCAGGGUCCGUUGCCGACCAGUUCGUACAAAUAGCUCAGAUCAUCCCAGCUCCCAAUUCCCCGUUCCACCUCGCAUCUCAGCCUCCGUCCCCGAGAGAAGAGCUCUUUGAGCGUCUCAAGGCAUUAGACAAAGUCCAAUUCACUCAUCCGUUUCUGGUAGUGACUAAGGCGGAUCUUGCGUUUUGCUUCUAUCGACGCAUUUAUCAGCUUAACAUGGGCAUACCGGACGAGAUAAUACAGCUCGUCAUUGAUAGCGGGAACGCGGCAAUGGAGGCAGCUGAACAGCUAGCUAGCCAGGGUCAUCUAUUCUGGAACGUCAUUGGCAGCGUCUUCCAGUAUGCUUGCAUUUUGUUGGCUAUCAACACACCGACCGCCUCUUCUCACAUCCCCGUUGCUUUUAAGGGCUUGGAAAAUCUCGUCAAGGCUGCGGAUACAGAACUAACGCGUCAGGCAUUGUCAAUGGCAGGGUACCUACUUAAUCUCAGUAUCGCAAAGAAGCGAAAGGAGCUUGCCCAGCUGGAAGCUGUCGAGGUCAGCUUUCAAUCUUUCCAGGCGCAGCCUGAAUCCGAGGCCAACAUUGUUGUGCCAGACAUGGGCUGGGGGGGCUUAUGGGACCAGUUCCUCAUCGACCCAUAUUUAUCAAUGCUCGGUCCUGACAUCCAGUUGUAG